GUGCGAGUAUGUACUGCAUGAGGCAAAAGUAAAUUGUUAACAGUUUCCGUUUUACAUCAUGGACGACAAACGAAAUAGCCGCGAAGUGAUAACCAUUCUUGUCUUGUGUCUACUAUGGUAUGCAGUAUCCAGCAGCAGCAAUGUCGUUGGCAAGAUGGUACUUUCAGACUUUCCAUAUCCUGUCACGGUAACAAUGGUACAAUUAACCUCAAUCACAGUAUACUCUGGUCCAUUUUUCAAUUUAUGGGGUGUACGCAAGUCUCCUUCCAAUAUUCCUUGGAGUUAUUACUUGCGUUUUAUCGUACCUUUAGCACUUGGAAAAUUUCUUGCCAAUGUGUUUAGCCACGUCAGCAUUUGGAAAGUUCCCGUAUCAUAUGCUCACACUGUGAAGGCUACAAUGCCACUCUUCACAGUGAUUUUGUCAAGAAUAAUUUUACGAGAAAAGCAAACCUGGAGAGUUUAUCUUAGUCUUGUACCUAUUGUGGGAGGUGUAGCCAUUGCAACUUUAACAGAACUUAGUUUCAAUAUGGUUGGUCUAAUAAGUGCUUUAGCAUCUACUAUGGCGUUUUCUUUACAGAAUAUAUACUCAAAAAAGGUGCUGCAUGACACAGGAGUUCAUCAUUUAAGACUUCUAUUUAUAUUAGGACGUUUAGCUUUGUUUAUGUUUCUACCAAUUUGGGUAUUUCAUGACUUAAUAAAUUUAGUAUAUGAUCCUAUUACGAAAACAUCAGUAAAUAUUUCAUAUAACAUAUUAGCAUUAUUAUUUCUGGAUGGCAUAUUAAAUUGGUUGCAAAAUAUUAUAGCUUUUUCUGUGCUUUCAAUAGUAACACCAUUAACGUAUGCAGUGGCAAGUGCUAGUAAACGUAUAUUUGUAAUUGGAGUAACUUUAUUUGUAUUAGGUAAUCCUGUAACAUGGGUAAAUGUAUUUGGUAUGGCUAUGGCCAUUUUAGGAGUAUUGUAUUAUAAUAAAGCCAAAUAUGAUCAGCAUCAAGAAAAGCAAAGAGAUAAUAGUAUACUUCCAAAAUAUUAUAAUAUAAAUCGCAAUGGUAAUAGCAAUUCUUUUGUAGCUAAUGGAUGGGCAAAUAAGAGAAAUCAACUAUUUGCAGUCUAGUCUUUGUUCGAAAAUAUGAAUUAUAUAUCUUUUAGAGAAUAUUGAUUUACUUAUGAUAAUGUAAGUAAAUUGGAUAUGUUUAAAAAUUUUCAAAUGAUUUUAUAAAAGAUUAUUCAAGAUAAUUCUCUGCAUUCAGUGAAAUGAUUCAAGUGAUUAACAUAUGAUGAUAAAGUAUGUUUACUAAUUUCAAUUAUUUGCACAAAGAGAACUGUAAAGGCCUAAAGUGUCACACAGCUAGAAACAGAAGGGUUUUUAUUAACUAUUUUAUACGUUCGUAUUGGAAAGAGCGGUAUUAUACCGUUAACAGUCUUCGAAUCUAUGAUGUAUUGAUUAACUAUUACGUUAUGAUUUACAUUAUCAUUUUUUUCGCUAUUCUUAAGUGCUCAUUUUUAAUAGUCAAAAUAACUGUCGCUGCUCUGCAUUUUGUGCUAAUGUAUUUACACCUUCAUAUUUCUCCUUAAUUUUGAGCGAUACUUUGUAGAACUUGUAGAUAAUUUUGAAACAAUCUAUUUCUUGAUUCGAUAAAUUUCUUUUAAAAUCAAACCUGCUGGUAAGGUAGAAUUAUAUAAUUUCAAAUGCACAUGGACCUUUUUAAAACAGCUGAUUGCUGGUACAAUUAGCAACAAUUAUUUAAAUAUUACGAAAUAAUACAAUUAAUAAAUUCAAGUUUGCAAUAAAAAUGAGUUACUGUAUCUAAUUUAAGGCUAAGAGCAUUGGCCAUAAACCAGUUUCCUAGCUUGUAAUGUAUUCAUUACGAGCGUGUAAGUUUUAAUAAGUAAUGCAUGAUUUUGCGUUUCUUAAGACAUUAUCCUGUUACAAUGUAACGUUGACUAUUUGUAGAUAUGCGUAAUGACUAUAAAUGUACAGGUACAUUGUUUUGAAUGUUAGAUUAAUUUAUAAUAAUGUAUCUCUUAAUUUUUGCACUUGUAUAAACAUUUGUUCGUUUACAUACUUCCGGCAAAGAUAUUGUACAGUUGGUGUGUUAUGAAUCAGUGCGAAGUAUGUAUGUGUGAAAAAUUGUAUGCAAGAAAAGGUGUUUUAGCUAAAAGCAAUCUAUAGUACAUUUAUUUUUAUAAAUAAACACAUGCGUACAAAAAUAUACCAGUGACAUUAGUAUCGCAGCAGCAUCAUUGAUAUAAAAUAUACUACAUUAUGCCCUACAAAAUUUUUACGAUGUCCUGAGGUGAUAGUGGCCUAGCCACAGUCAAAUCUAAACGUGGACCAGCAGCGGCAAUUAGGGGUACGGCCAAACAACAGUCGCAGUCUUCUGUAUUUGCUUCGUUAACACGUAGAAUUCUGUCGUAAGGUCGCAAAACUCCAUCGCAUGGUCCACCAGGUCUUAAACGAUUUAUAUAUACGCCACGUUCGUAAAGUCCAUCGGAGACAGAAAAUCCGAAAUCUUCGUAAACUGGAUCCUUGUGCAGUGAUACGUGUAUUAUUUGUUGAGGUCUAUUAUCUGAUACACCGUGUUCUUGAGAGCUACAAUUGGUUAUAUUAUUUUAUCUUAUUCAUAUUCAUGUUAAAUAUUUUAUAUAGGUAUUUAAAAAAUAUCUGUAUUUUUUUUAUUAAUAAUAAUUCAGUAAUUUUUCGAUGCAUUUUAAUACUUUUGAUAAGGUGGUGUCGGAGGAUCUAAUUGUCCACUAUCCACAGAAACCGCAUCCCACAGUCUUAAUAUUUCCGGGCCUGCUCCACUACUUUCUCCUAAUUCUCCCCAAGAAUCCACUGCACUAUCAACACUGGGCAAACUUUCUCUGGCAGAACGUAAGAUAGUGGAAGGAUAUUGAGUGGGUACUACAUCACUUCCUAUACUUGAUUCCUUACAAUAAUCUCUAUACAAUAUAGAAUUCGAAUAAUAUUUUUUGAUCAUUUUACAACCAAUAUGUCUUAAGAUUGUAUAAUUUACCUUGUUUCUGAAAGUGGGUCAGACUUUCUUACAGUUAGAGCAACUACAGAACUCCCUGGUCGGUGAAGUAAUUGCGCGGCUUGUCUCAGAUCACCAGCAUCUAAUUUUUGAUUGUCGAUAGCUAGUAUGCGAUCUCCCGAUGCUAAACUACCUGUUCUAUAUGCGAGAGAACCUUUGCGAACUUCAGUUAUAACUAAAUCUUCGUUUACAGUAAGUCCUAGAUCAGGAUGCCCACCUAGAGGUCUUGCGACUCUUACAGUAAAAACACCAGAGUUAGGUACAACCGGACCACCUACCUUGUACUCCGUAACAAGUUCAAUCUGUUGAGAAAUAUUUUAUUGUAUAAUAUUUAUUACAUAACUAAAAAUUAUGUUUUUCGAACAGAUUUCUAGUAUUUCUAAAUUUUAGUUAUGAAAUCAUUACCAUUUGUGAAUUUUCUAAAAUAUCAGCCACAUCUGUAGGUUUCAAGUCGCGCAAUAUAGUACGAUUAAUUGCGAUCGCUCGAUCACCAGGUAAUAGAACACCGCUUUGUUCGGCCGGACCACCAGCUUCCAAAAAAUUUAUCACAUAAUUUAUACGAUCUUCUGUUUGUUUCAAAGCGAGACCAAAACCCCUAUGAUCUGGUCGAAGUAUCACUGUCAAACUUUCCUUCGUUUGCAAAGUUUGAUUUGAGCUUUGUUGCACUUGAGGUUGCGCUCUUCUUUUAACCGUUCUCGCUGACGUACUUUGUAAUCUUGGUAGAAUCUGUAACUUUGCUAUACGACAAUUUUCCGAAGUAUUUCUCAAUAAUUUAGCUGCAGUGACCGCAUCUUGUACCGGUGUAUCAUCCACCGCCAAAAGUUUAUCUCCUGGCUGUAAUGCGCCACAACGAUCUGCGGUACUUGCUGGUCGAAGACUUUCGAUAUAAACUCCAUUAGGUGUUUCCCUUACGGUUAGACCUAGUUCUCCUGAAAUUGUACCAUUAAACUUCACAAGAAGAAAAAUUGUUAUAGACAUUUCAGACAGCAAAGAAGCUACAUUUGAAGAAAGAAAUAAUUAAAUAGAUUAAAAGUCUGUACCUGAAAGUCCACGUUCGAGUUGGACCAAGAGUGAGCCGGACGUUGCUGCUCGAGCUUCGUCCAUGUUCGCGACAUCAUACUCGAUAGUUAGAGAAGCCACAGCUGGACCAUCGGCUUUUAUUCCCGUGACAACGAGAGCUCUGGAAACACCACCGCGAAGAGUGACACCAAGACUACCACUCUCGCGUUCUACUCUGACUUGUGCGACUUUAGAAGAUACGCUUGACGGUGACGAUAUAUUGCCGUCCUGUUCAUCGAGAAGCAAAAAACUCGGGGGAUGAAAGAGAAGUGGGGGAACUUCCUCUGCUCUACCGGAAUCCGAACUUGCCGACGUGGCCACACUGCCAGGUCUGGCUCGACUUUUGUGCGACCGCAUCGUCGCCAAUCUUAAGGAACUAAACAUCCUCUAUGUUGUUUUCUACUUUUGUCAAACUUUAAUAACUUCAACAAAUUUUAUUAACGCAUGCACAGGCUUAUGCAGCAAAUCGAAAUGCCUUGCACUACACGGCAUCAAACAAAAUUUCUAAUGAAAAUUUAUAUAUCGGACUACACACAAUGUUCAUUAUAUGAAAUAUAUAUUACAAUAUCGCCUUACACUUUCCAGAGUACGAAAUUAGAAGUACCGAAUUUAGUAAACACUAACGUCACAUGAAUAUGUUGAUAACUUUUUCGUUUAUCUUCGUUAACGUGUUUACACGAUAUCUUUCUUCGGUGUUUGGUUGUUUUCAUCUACGAAAUGGCGUCGUUUUUAUCGAAAAUAUAUUUUGAUGCGUGAGAACACGAAAUGAAUUUUCUCGAUAGCAGCAUGAUCCGUAAUAUCUUUGAAUAAGCACAUUCUGAUUAUUGAUUCACGCACGGUAACUGCAAAAUUCGUAUCGCAAAACACUUAGAAUCUUUAUUAUGAACGAAAAUGAAGGGAAAUGAGGAAAAAAACAGAGAAGGGUCUAUUCGAAGAUACUCUCGGAAGACACUCACGUAGCGGGUAAAAUUUGAAAACAAUAAUACGUUCGGUUCAUUUCACGAGGUAAAUGAUUUGUUUCUUUUUCUCUUUCUUUCUUUCUUUUUUCUCUCUCUUUCUCUCUCUCCUCUCUCUCUCUUUCUUUCUCUAUCAGUGAAUUAUUUGUUAGGAACUGCAGUGCUUCUUCCGAACGAAACUCGUUAGAACCAAGCAGAGGACUGUAACAACUCGCGAUGGAUCUCGAAAAUAGCUCUCCUCGAUGUAGGGCCGCAAUCGCGGGAGUAAAUGCUAAAUUCUAUUUAUAUCACAGCAACGAGAUCGUCUUCGAGAGUAUCUUUAAACGUGCGACUGUGCGAAGAACUGCGGCCCUGUAUUGCCUGGCCAUGCUACGUUUCUUCGACCGUCGAACGAGAUUGCACUUAUUGCUGAACCUACACGUUCAAUGCUUUUAAGUAUCCUAAGACCAGAUAUGGUUGAUGUAGAAUGUAUUUGCUCAUCCUAGCUUUUAAUACUUCUGUUUGUAGUUAUCGAUUCUCUUGCUUUACCUUUCAUUUUCUUAACUUUCAAACUCUUCAUAUCAAAGCUCUUGACUAUCUUGUAUUCUUUCUAUUCAUACUAUCCAAUUUGUUUUACCCUUGUAUUGUUAUCUAUUUUUUUAAAAUCGCAAAAUGCAUUACUAAAUACUUCUUUUCAUUAAAAGCAAAAUUUCAUUUUUGCUUUUCAUAAAAAGCAAAAUUUAUUACAAAGUUUAACCAACAAUGACAUAAAGUUAUUGAUAUCAUUGCUUUAUUUAUUUUUUAUCUUUUAUUUAUGAAAAUUUAACGAUCCGUAGCUAUCAUAUAAUAGCACGUAGCGACACGCAGGUGUUAAGAAUCGCAUUAGGACGAAAGAACCGAUCUAAAAAUAUCUCUCGGACUUUGAUAUCUGCGUAAUGCGACGUGCAUUGUUUUCAUUUUAUUUUUUUCGAUCUGGUGCAAAUCGAGAUAACUUCUCCCAACAUUUUAAUUUUUUUAUAUAUAAAUAUUAAUAGAUAUAUACUAUAAUAUAUAUAUCUAGUCAAGAUAAGAUUUAUUAUAUAUUUUGUUAAUAGAUAUAAUAUUUAAAAAAUUUCUUAAUAUUAACUUUAAUUCUUUUGUCACAUCUUAUACAUGUUUUAUAGAUUGUCAUUUUUUCAUGAUUUUCAUGGUUUACAAAGAAAGAGAAAAAAGAGGAAGCGGGUAAGAUAUAGAGAAAGAGAGAAAAGGAAGAAGAAACAGAGUCCGUCGGUUCGGAAGCUUAUGCCAAUUUGCCAAUUCCUUGGCGGUCUAAAAUUAGCGCGUAGUUUGCGAGAAGCUAAAUGUACGAACGGAAGACCGAGGAGAGAAAAGGAUAAGUUGUCGGCCAAACGAAGAGAGGAUGAAAGAAUAGUGAGUGGGAGAUGAAUCUGUAGGAGAAGACAUCAUCAUGAUGUACUGCAGAGAAAGAAACGACAAAACUUUUAGAAGAAUAAAGAUAUUGAAAGAAAAUAUAAAUUAAGAAGAAAAGAAUAGCAAAAAAUAUUUGUAAAUAAAGAGAAAUUAUAACAGAUGAAUUAAAGACUCGAGAUUUUGUCUAUCGUAGUCCUAUGUAAUAAAAUACUCUGAUAUUAAUAACUUGGCUACAGUAACGUGUGGCCAUACGUUAUAAUAAUCGUAUGACCGUUGGAUAAUUAUGUAUCUCUGAAAGCCUGACUACAACGAACAUUGAAACUAUGCGAGUUUCUUGUACUUUCUUUUUUAUGUUUAUCGUCAUAACAGUAUCUGUUUGAAAGCUAACUUCUACACUUAUGGUAUUAUUAACCGAGAAAAUUUAAAACAGAAUACCGACAAAACUCAUUAUAUCAGUGUAAAAAAAGGAACAAAAAUCGUACAUUCCUUUUCUAAUAACUAUGCUAAUAUACCAUAUUUACUACAGUCAAUGAACGAUCGAUUGCAUAAUGUGUCCAAUGUUACUCACAUUAAAAAAAAAAAA